CUACACAUCUGCAGAACAAGCUCAUAGUCUGUGUCUAUUCCAGGCGAACUUUCUAAAAGUCAGUGAAAUGUCUACCUUUUAAGAAGCACUUUCCAUGGAAUCUCAUCAACUAAAUACUCCUAGGUCCAGAAACUGAGAAAAGAAGACAGGGAGAGAAAGGGGGGCGAAAAAGAAUGAAUUCAUUCAACUCUUCUGCGGCACCAGGCACAGAGAAAGUGUGCUCCAAAAAUUCUCAAGCAUUCUCAUGGACUGUGGCUGGGGCCUCCAUCCUGUUUCUCAGUGUCUGUUUCAUCACCAGAUGUGUUGUGACAUAUCACAGCUUUCAAAUUAGUAACGAGAAAAAGCUACUACCACAUGAGAAUUUCAAGGAGCUGUCCUGCCACAGCGAUGCGUCAGGAUCAGAAGAAAAAUUUGCUGGCAUUCACGGAACACUUCUUCCCCUAGGUUCAGUCAAAAAUUGCUGUCCUGUGAACUGGGAACAUUUUCAAUCUAGCUGUUACUUUUUCUCUAUGACCACGAUGACGUGGAUAUUGAGUUUAAAAAACUGUUCAAGCAUGGGGGCUCAUCUGGUAGUCAUCAACACAAAGGAGGAACAGGAAUUUCUUUUUCAUACAAAACCUAAAAAGAAAGAAUUUUAUAUUGGACUGACAGACCAGGUGACUGAGGGUCAGUGGCAAUGGGUGGAUGACACACCUUUCACAGAGUCUCUCAGCUUCUGGGAUGAAGGGGAGCCCAACAACAUUGUUCUGGUGGAGGACUGCGCCACCAUAAGAGACUCUUCAAAUCCGAUGCGGAAUUGGAAUGAUGUGCCCUGUUUCUUCAAUAUGCCUUGGAUUUGUGAAAUGCCAGAAAUAACUCCUUUGGACUAAUAAAAAUGAACACAGAACGCUCAAAUGAAGAGGAGCAAGAAUGGGGCAACAUCCAAACCCAACAUGAGAAAAGUGUUCACUGCGUAUCAUAAGGAUUCUUAAGUAUUUGUUACUCUGAUAUUAAAAUAAGUUUUCAUUCUUUA